AUGGUUCCAUCUGUUAAUCAAACCCGCCUUCACCCCUCCGGUGUCGAGGCUAUCCCCAGCCACACCGAAAUCGAGGAGGAACUUUACGAAACCGCCCACAUUGACUACAACAAGGUCACCAUCUCUCACAACCCCCCCGUUGCCGUUCUUUACGAAGAUGCCCUUGUCUACGAAUCCGGCUCCGCCAUCACCUCUACCGGUGCUCUCUUUGCCACCUCUGGCAGCAAGACUGGUCGCUCCCCCAAGGACAAGCGUGUCGUUGAUGAACCCUCCUCUGUCGAACACGUUUGGUGGGGACCUGUCAACAAGAAGCUUUCUGAGAACUCUUGGUUGAUUAACAGAGAGCGUGCCAUUGACUACCUCAACACCAGAAGCCGUAUCUACGUCAUUGAUGCCUUUGCCGGCUGGGACCCCAAGUACAGACUUAAGGUCAGAAUUGUCUGCGCCCGUGCUUACCAUGCUCUCUUUAUGAGAAAUAUGCUUAUUAGACCCACCGAGCAGGAGCUCGCUGAGUUUGGCAAGCCCGACUUUGUCAUUUACAAUGCCGGUGCUUUCCCCGCUAACAGAUUUACUGACGGUAUGACCUCCUCCACCUCUGUUGACAUCAACUUUAAGGAUAUGGAAAUGGUUAUCCUCGGUACCGAGUAUGCUGGUGAGAUGAAGAAGGGUAUCUUCACUGUCAUGUUCUUCCUCCAGCCCAUCAAGUACAACAACUUGACUCUCCACUCCUCUGCUAACCAGGACAAGAAUGACAAUGUCACUCUCUUCUUUGGUCUCUCUGGUACUGGUAAGACCACCCUUUCUGCUGACCCCAACCGUUACCUUAUUGGUGAUGACGAGCACGUCUGGACUGAUACUGGUGUCUUCAACAUUGAGGGUGGCUGCUACGCCAAGUGCGUCGGUCUCUCUGCUGAGAAGGAACCUGAUAUUUUCAAUGCUGUCAAGUUUGGCUCUGUUCUUGAGAAUGUUGUUUUUGACUCUCAGUCUCGUAUUGUCGACUAUGACGAUGUCACUCUUACUGAGAAUACUCGUUGCUCUUACCCCAUUGAGUACAUUCCCAAUGCUCUCAUUCCCUGCGUCACUCCCCACCACCCCAACAAUAUUAUUCUCCUCACAUGUGAUGCUCGUGGUGUCAUUCCUCCUAUCUCCAAGCUCACUAACGAGCAGGUUAUGUACCACUUUAUCUCUGGUUACACCUCCAAGAUGGCUGGUACCGAGGAGGGUGUCACUGAGCCUGAGGCUACCUUCUCUUCCUGCUUUGGUCAGCCCUUCCUUGUCCUUCACCCCAUGAAGUACGCCAAGAUGCUUUCCGACAAGAUGACUGAGCACAAGGCCAAUGCCUGGCUCCUUAACACCGGCUGGGUCGGUGCUUCUGUCGCCAAGGGUGGUAAGAGAUGUCCUCUUAAGUACACUCGUGCUAUUCUUGAUGCCAUUCACUCUGGUGAGCUUGCCAAGGUUGAGUACGAGACUUUCCCCGUCUUUAACCUUUCUGUUCCCAAGACUGCUCCUGGUGUUCCCACUGAGCUCCUCAACCCCAAGAACUCUUGGACUGGUUCUUCUGAUGAGUUUGACGAUGAGGUUAAGAAGCUUGGUGCUCUUUUCACUGAGAACUUUACCAAGUACGAGUCUGAGGCUCUUCCUGAGGUUAAGGCUGCUGGCCCUGCUCUUUAA